UGCUAUAAAUAGAAAAAGUAGGUUAUCCCUAAAAUCAAUUCCGAAAAUAGGGCAAUUAACCGAAUAUGUUCAUCGUUUUAAAUAAGCAGUUUUGAGGCGAAAUCUUACAUCACACAGCUUCUGUCAUUUUUUUGCUAAGUUUUCCUCUUUAAUUUAUUAUGAAAUUUAAAGAAGUUUUUAAAACUUUCAAUUGAACCUAAAAUAAGGCUCAGUUAUUACCUUAAUGUAGCCUUAUUUAAUACUGUCCUCACUCUUAUUUUGUGCAUAAAUGCCAAAAUAUUAGAUAAUAUCACUAUGGAGUUAAAUAAUGUGGGAAGCAACAAAAGCUCAAUAUACGUGGCAAUAUCAUUUAAAAAAUUAUGUUUGGCAACAGUAUCUUUACCUCUGAUUACUCUUUUAUUCUGCUUUGUCACUGCGUAUAUUUUUCAACAAGAUGACAUUCACGAAACACAUUGUAGGGUUUACAAUGUACUUCCAUCAAUUUCUGCCAUUACUGGUGUAUCUCCUCAACGAUACUUGUGGCGUAUAUGUAUAGCAUUACAUAUUGGUCCUCGUUUAAUUAUAGCCAGUGUUUAUCAUGCGUAUUAUUAUAAUAUACUCAAAGCAAUCGAAGAUGUACCUUUGAGAAUUACGGGAUGUAGACUUUUAAAUUUAUGUUAUUGGUUGAAUAUCGCGGAAGUAGCAGCUUUAUGUGGCGUUACAUAUAUCUCCAACAGAGAGAAUUAUUCGGUGCAUGAAAAAAUCUUCAUUGCCUUCAUGAUUAGUUCCCUUACAUAUAUGCUAACAGCAGUAAGGCUGGGUCGCCUUGUGACACCAAAUGCACAAAGUCUUCAAUACAAACAGGCACUUUUUGUAACAAGUCUUAUUAGUACUAUUGGACUUAUAAUUUUCUUCCUAAAACACAGAUUACUGUGUCACGAUCUGGCAUUUAGUUGGUUUUCCUUAUGCGAGUAUGUGAUUGCCUCUGCAAACAUGGGUUUUCAUGUUACCGUAGUUCUAGACUUUCCCAAGGAGCAUCUGGUUGUUGGGAAUGGUAUAUCCGCCUUAAAGGCGGAAUAACGCGUCAUAAUAUUUUAUAUUCAUCAUUAUCUUAUUAUUGUAAUCAAAGUGCCUACUGCCACUGUCUGGAAGUGCUAUUGCCAAGAAUUAAAAUGAAAUUACAUAUUACACAAAGCUGGGUAUCCGCUGGCAAAUACUGAAGAACAUUUUUUUACAUAAUAUGUCUGUAUUAAAAGAAUCUAAAAGGAUUUAUAAAUAGUUACCGCACAUUUAAUGAAUUCUGUGAUAUUUUAUAACAUUUAUCGUCUAAAAAGUAAAAUUAAAAUCAUUAUUUUUAAAUACCGUUUUUCUUAUGAAAGGAAUAAAAAGAGAGAAAUGUCACAGAAUUAAUUCAUGAUACGACAUUGAAAAUAAUAAGUGAUUAUAAACUCCCAAAAGUUUGAUUGAAUGUUCCAUAAUGUAGACUCUUCUUAUAAAAUUUAUUUAUUUAUUUUGUGAACAGUUCUCGAAAUUUUAAUGUCUGAGCGAAAAUAUUUUUAAAAAUAUUGACUACAGUAUAUUUACUGGUAUACUAAAUGCUGACACAUGAUAAUAUUUGUAUGUACGUAUCAUGAAUAUUUACUACAUUUAAAUGGUUUUUUUGAAAUAUUUGUCUUGAUAAGGAUUCAAAAAAUGUUACAUACUAAGUGGAUACACAGUUCAAUGCACAACAUUUCUCUAAAUAACUCAUAUUUAUAAUUAAACAAGGUAAUACCAGUUUGAUCCAAUGCUAUACAUUAGAUUAGAAAUACUUAAAAUAGUUUUAUCUAAAUUGCUGCAUUUAGUUGUUAAUAAUUUUUAAUUUAAAGAACAUGUAUCUUCCAGUUAUUUUCCGAAAGAAUAACAAAUCUAGCGCUUCCAAAGUAUGGCACUGGUAUUUUCCCAGGCAAUGAAAUCUUUAAUGGCCUUUUGGGUAGUGGUAAACUCGUAGUGGUACUAGAUAAAUAUGUAUCCUACAUACAAACAAUAUUAAAUACUAUAAAGUCCAAAAACUAAUGGGAUUCCAUAUUUAGGUUCUAUGUAUAGUUCAUUUGAAAGAGGAAGAAAGAAUUAAUCGUGUAAAGGAAAAAUCGCGAUACGGGCUGGCUUAUCAAGAGUUUUAGACCCGCUUAUUUAGAGCAUUUUUGCAAAGUGAGAAUUCUAGUCGAUAAUUAAUUCUAGUCGUUAUAUUUUUGAUCUGUAUUAAAACGAUAUUACGUUGUCACGUCAUGAAGUUUUAUGCAUUGUUAGCAUGUAGGAUGCAUUUACGUCAACGUGACUUUUGUCUUUAACGGGGGUGCGUUUAUGGAAUAAUAAAUGUACGCAAAACUUAAUUUAAGGUACAAUAGAAAUAUUGUACAUCGUUGUAUGUACAGCUGUAUAUCAAUAUACUUUACCGUGCAUAAGUAUACAUGGGUUGUACAUUAUGUAAAAUAUAAUACAACCAAAAAGGAACGCAUAAUCGGUCCUGUACGUUUGAAAUUGAUCAUUGCAAUUUUAUGUUACGAAUAUAAGAAUUACUACUUACGUUUAUGUUUAACAUACAGUCUUUAAGUACAACAUAAUUGGCAUUUGAAUAAUUACGAAACACAUAAACAGAAACUAAAACCAAUAAUUAUCUUGUAUAAUAUAUUUCUGACCAAAGCUUAAAUAACGUCCGAAAUUAUGGAACAAAUUUAAGAAAUUAAUUCGUAUAACUGUUUGUACCAAAUUUUAUAACCGAGAGCGACAUACUCUCUUUUAAUACCUCUAUAAGGUAUUCACAGUAAUAUUUGACAGAGAACAUUAAGAAGGAGACCACAUGGUAUGUCGCGUGCCUAUUUUAACGAGGCUUACUAGGCAGCUAGGAAACUAAAAAACAUUUUACCAAUAUCAAACUUUAUAUUUAAAUUUCUUAAUCCUAUUUCUGAUAGUUAUCUGUUUUAUCGAUUUAUUUGUUAUUUGUAAAACUCCUUCUUUAUUUUUUUAUUAAGGGUAAAAUUCAUCGAAUAGUUACAUUACAUUGAUAACGUAAAUCGUAAAUGUUUUACUUAAUAUAUUUACUGAAAUAUUGUUUUCUUAUAAUAGCUAAUUUCUUCGGUUACGAAUAUUAAAAUGAUGCAUUUGAAUGUAUCGUGUGACGUAAUCUCUGAUUCUGAAUAAUCUCGUUUCCGUUAAUGUCUUUUCAAUUAGUUCUCAAGACAUUCAAAAAAAGUUUUGCAAUAAAGUCUAUUUCUUUUUUAAAUACUAUCAUUCCUACAACUUUCAAAAUUUCACAAAAUCGUAUUGUCGUACGAUAGAGAGUAUCUUUAAAAAUAAAAAGACUGCCGAACUUUUGAUUCUUAAUUACCGACAAGAUCUGAAUUAUAAAUACCGUUGUUAAAAAAAUUAUUCCUUAAAGUCUAGGAAAUGCUUUAGAUAUGGUAACAGGUUUAUUUCAAUCGUGUCUAUGCAAUUUCUGUAAUGAAUUCGUGAGAAUGCAAUUCCUUUUGAGUUAAUAUAGUGCAUUUCAGACCACUUAACUUCGGUAAUUAGGCACAAUACAUAUUACAAUUACAAAAAUAAAGAUAAAAAUUCUGAUUAUUAUUGCUUAAUUAUUAAUUAAUAAUUAUUUGUUGAUUCAGCUACAAAGCCUCGUGAACAUCGGCGCAUGACUUAUCACGUAGUCACCUUCUAAGCGAAACAAAGUUUACGAUGAAACACGUUGAUGUAGGUAUCGGAAUCAGUUUUAUAAAAUCGUACGAAUAUGUGUAAUACUUGAAGACAACCGGGCUGAAUACAUCGUUUAGCUUUAUAAAUGAUAUAUUUCAGUGUGACGCUUCUUAUAUAUUUUGUUUGAAAUGCAAAUAGACAUGGAUAGAUUUUAGAUAACGUUUAAAGGUGUCAUUAUUGCGCACUUUAUUAUACAAACGUUCCUUGUACGGUGUAUUUUGAUGUCUGAACAGUUUUUUGAAUCUUUCUCAGAGCUUCGUUACGAAAAUAAAUUUAUAAAAAAUACAAUAAUUGCGUAACAACUGUUUGUUUUGAAAUAUUAUCGUUGAAUUUUGAGCAACUCGCUUCGACGAAUGGUCAAAAAGGUAACUUUAAAUAUUGAAUCACUUAAAUUACAUAUCAUAACAGUUCCGUUACAAAACAGAAGAUUGUUUCUAUCCGUUUGUAAACACGAUAGGGAAACGUCGAUCGUCACAGUUGGUUUUUUCGAUACAAUUAUCAGACAUUAAAAUCCGUGCCAAGUGAUGUAUUAAAGAUACUCUGCAUAUAUUUACUGUACUGGCAUCGGCACCCACGGUGUUACGUAGAUUAAAAUCGAUGUACAAAAUAUCUUUAAUGAAUCGCUUACCUCUUAACUACAGUGUAAUCGUUUAAACCGUUUUACACGUUCAAUUGCAAUCGGUUGUUUAUCGUGCGUUCUUCUCAAUUAUCUUUGGAAAGUCAAAUUAAUUUGUAUAUUUGUAGGCUGUUCAUCGGUAGAUGUAGGCGGAAUAUAAGAUAUCGAUACUAAGAAUACUCUGAAAGCGAGACAAUUGUAAAUUCUUCUUUCGAAAUGGUUUGGAAAAAUGAAUAAUUAUGCAGUUAUAUUAGUUGGUCGACGAAUAACUUGGAAUUAUUUAUUGGUAGAUCGAAAGAGUAUCUGGUUACUCGGUUGGGUUCGUUUCGAUAGAUAAUCAUCUUAAUUUUAUGGUAGGCUCUCCUGUACUUACCGUGUAACGUUAUCAAUUGGAUUGUUUCGACGAGGUUACAAUCGACUCGAUUCGACUCGACUCGAGACAAAGAAAUCUGAUACGGUUUAUGUAAAAUGUCACGUCGGUGCCAGAAUAUAACGUGUUGAUGAAGUGCAAGUUGGAGCAACCUUGACAUGUGUCAGAAUCUUUAUUUAAUUGAUGUCAGCCACUUGGCACGAUGACUCUGUCAUGAAUUAGGCUGAAUGUCCCCUGCGGUUUGAGCAGAGAUUCAUUAUGUAAAGUAGUCGAAAGCUGGUUCUGGAGCAGAGUGACGGGCCACUAUAAUUACAAUAAUAAUUAUACAUUGGACGCAUCGAGCGACGAAUAACGAUAUCCACUUUUUUCCACAUUGCUCCUCCCCGCGAUUUGUACAUAUAGCGAGUGCACGUGUAGUUAAAAACUUAGGCGAAGAACUUUAUAUAUCAGUAAGUAAGUUCGAGUCGCUUGAAAUUGCAGGCAUCCGGGUAGCGACCGUCGAAAGACUCGAUAAUCGGUUUUUCAAUUAUAAUUAUACGUCAAUUUUUCUCGUCGCAUGCAUGCACGCACCUUAGCAUUCGCGAGAAGAGUUUUAGCUCGAACUUCAAAAUUACACUACGAGUUAACGUGAAAUUGUACCACGAAGACGCACAGUGGUCUGAAAUCGCGAAAACCUAGCCAAAAAGAGAACGAGUUGAAAGAUAAAUAUAAAAAUUGAAGCAUUAUAAUUUUUGCGGUCACUGAUUGCGAAUCUGACAUCAAAAUUACGAAAUUCAAAGUGGCAGAUUCAACACGGUCACGAUGUAUAUUAGAAAUUUAUUAGAUUUGCGUAAAAUUGGUACAUUAUGGCUUUUGUGGUCCCUGAUUACGAAUCUGACAUCAAAAUUUUGAAAUUCGAAAUUACGGAUUCAAUAUGGCCGACAUGUAU